AUGUUACAACAACAACAACAAAGGCAAGAAAACCUGAAAAUGAGAACACCACCCACCCAUUUGCUAAGCUUUACCGAGCAAAUAUAUAACUUUCAGAUAUGUGCAACAGAUUUUGCCUCAAGUCUGAUAUGUAUUGCCUCCGAUAAAAAAUUGAUAUUAGGGUUAGCAAGAUUCCCGGAAGAAUCAGAAAACGAUACCUUUGAAUGGGAACGCCUAAAGGAUAUAUACAAUGAAAGUCGUUGUCAUGCCCUUGCAUUUCAUCCAGAAACAUCACUGAUGUCCGUACCCAAAACUGUUACCUUCUGUUCAGCUGGUGCUGAUUUUGUGCUACGUAUCUUUCGUACAGAUUUACAAAAUGCCGAUACUGUGCAGGCUUUAAAGGCCCAUACAAAUUAUGUUAAUGAUAUUGCCUGGGAUACGGAAGGAGAAUUUUUAGCCUCCGUUAGUGAUGAUCAUUCAUGUAAAAUCUGGUCAUCGGAGUCGCAUUAUGAAAAUGUUAUAACAUUUUGUUUAUCAUCGGCUGGUAUGUCGGUUAAAUGGCAUCCCGAGGAACCGCAUAAAGUUUUAGUGGCAGAGAAAAAGGGUGUUGUCCAUUUGUAUAAUGUACGUUCGCAACAGGCAAUUAUUUCAUUGGAAGCACCACGAGGACCCCUAAUGUCUGCCGAUUGGUCGCUGAAUAAUUGUCAUUUUAUAACGGCGUUGGCAUAUGGUGAUGUAGUCACAUGGGAUUUAUCACAUAAACCCUGUUCCCCGUCAGAUGUUAAACAGGUCCAUGAAGAUGGUGGUAGAUGUGUACGAUUUGCACCCAACACCGAAUUGGUAACGGCUAGUAUAGGAAGACCGGAUAUUACUUUGAAAGUGUUUACGGCCAAAUCUUCAGUGCCAUUAGUGGAAGCCGGUUUGAAAUUGUAUGCUGGCCUAUGUUGGCAUCAUCGUUUGCCAUAUGUGGCUGCGGCAUAUGAUCGUAAGCUGGGCUUUUGGAAAGUCCAAUUUAAAUAA